AUGACCCAUCAAGGCUACAGAAGUGUAGCAUACUUCGUAAACUGGGCGAUUUACGGCCGUAAUCAUCAGCCCCAAGAUAUACCGGUUGAGAAACUGACACAUAUCCUCUACGCCUUCGCCAAUAUACGACCAGAAAGCGGUGAAGUCUACCUCACGGAUCCCUGGUCAGACACAGACAAACAUUGGCCAACGGACUCCUGGAACGAUACCGGGACCAAUGUGUAUGGUUGUGCAAAACAGCUCUACCUACAUAAGAAACGAAACCGAAACUUGAAGGUGCUUCUGAGCAUAGGCGGCUGGACCUACAGCUCAAAUUUCUGCGCACCUGCUUCGUCAGAUGCCGGCAGACGGAAGUUUGCAGAGAGUGCAGUCAACAUCCUCAAGAACCUUGGCUUUGAUGGCCUUGACAUUGACUGGGAGUACCCGAAGUCUGAAGCAGAAGGGCAGCACUUUGUCCUCUUACUACAGGCUGUAAGAGAAGAGCUGGAACGCUACUCGAAUUGCCUGGCCGAAAGACCACACUUUCUCCUUACUGUAGCCUCACCUGCUGGACCGUCGAAUUGUCAAUGGCUGAAAAUGAAGGAAAUGGAUCGCUAUCUGGACUUCUGGAACAUGAUGGCAUACGACUUCGCCGGCUCCUGGGAUCAGCAGGCAGGCCAUCAGGCAAACGUAUACCCGUCUCGAGAACGACCGAAGGCCACGCCGUUCAGCAUUGAUUUCGCCGUGAAGUACUACAUCGAGCAUGGCGUGCAUCCUAGCAAGAUCGUGCUGGGUAUGCCUCUUUAUGGGAGGGCGUUCCAGGGUACUGAUGGACCUGGUUGUGGGUAUAGUGGUGUUGGGGAGGGUUCGUGGGAGAAUGGCGUCUGGGAUUACAAGGCACUACCUCGGCCAGGUGCGCAAUACUACAUCGACAAAGAGGCAAUCGCAUCAUGGUGCUACGAUCCAGGCACUCAUUUGAUGGUCUCCUAUGACUCGCCAGAAGUGGCCACACAAAAGGUCGAGUACAUCAAGCAAAAAGGCCUUGGAGGAGCGAUGUGGUGGGAGAGCAGUGGUGAUCAUCCGUUGAAUCAUGAUGAGAGCUUAAUACGAGUUGUUGUCGAAGGCCUCGGUGGAUAUGAGGGCCGACAUAUGGAGCAUGUGCCGAAUACAUUGCAAUAUCCGGAGACCAAGUACGACAACCUUCGAAACGGCAUGCCAGGAGAGUGA